UCCCGCUGAAGAAUCAAAGAUCUAGAAUGACAUUUAAAAGGAAAAUGCUGAUUAUCCUUUCUAUUCUGACUGUAAUAGGCUUUUUUUUAAAGUUCGAUUUCAGGGAAUGGCUUCCGCCUGCGGACGAAAAGUUACAAUAUCUGAGCUCCCAGGACAAAAAUCUACUGGAAAAAAAUGUACAGGAGAAAAUCCUACAAAACAAGAGCUCACAGGCUAAAAAUUUACAGGACAAAAUCCUACAAAACCAGGGCUCACAGGACCAAAAUCUACAGGAUGAAAACUUACUAGAAAAAAAAUUCCCAGAAAAAAUCAUACAUGAUACAAAUGUAUGGAACAGUAGUUCUCAGGACAAAAAUUUACAGAACAGAAACAUAACAGAAAAUAAGGGCCCCUGUGGUUGUGAGAAAUGUUUUUCUAAAGAUGAUAAGUUGCUUAUGAGUAGUCUGAAUCCUUCCAUCGAACCAUUUUUAACUGCAACCACAAAGCUCUCUGAGGAUAUUUUCCAGUGGUGGAAGCGCUUACAGUAUGAAAGACGUGACUUCAAUUAUUACAAAGCGACAGUGGCCAAGUUGUUUACGAUGUUCCCACCCAUUCCCAAUCUUGGAGAGCCCCGUCCGGACACAUGCAGGACUUGUGCUGUGGUGGGGAAUUCUGUUAAUUUGAAAGGAUCGGGCUAUGGAUCUCUAAUAGAUCAUCACAACAUCAUUAUAAGAAUGAAUGCUGGUCCAACCAAAGGCUAUGAGGAAGACGUUGGGACAAAAACGACUCAUCACGUCAUGUAUCCAGAGAGUGCUGUAGAUUUAGAUAAUUCGACUCAUCUUGUAGUGUUCGCUUUUAAAAUACAAGACCUUGAGUGGCCCAUCAAGGCCUUGACAACAGGAUUUUAUGCAACGUCAUAUAGGAAAGUAACACCUAAAAUAAAAGCCAACAAAGAUUUGGUCAUGGUGCUCAAUCCAGCUUUUAUGAAGUAUGUUCAUGAGGUUUGGCUGAAAAGGAGGGGAACAUAUCCAUCCACUGGCUUUAUGGCAUUGGUUCUUGCUCUUCACAUAUGUGAUGAGGUCGAUGUCUUCGGAUUUGGAGCAGACAGCAAUGGGAAUUGGAGCCAUUACUUUGAAGUUUUAAAGAACAAAAAAUAUGGAUCUGGCAUCCAUUCUGGAACAAACGAGUAUACAGUCCUGAAACAGCUGGCCAAUGAAAAAACAAUCAAGCUUUAUAAAGGAUCGUGAUGUUUUUUUUUCCAGAAAGCAAAUCCCAACUCGCUCAGCCCUGAUUAUUAGUGACGUAGUUGUC